UUGAGGAAAAUGGCGGUGGUUGCAGUUGGGCCCUUUGGGCGGCCGGCACUCGCGUUUGCGCUGUUGAUCUUAUGGUUGGUGCCACUUCUACAGGCCGAGAGGAAUUUGGUCAAGGUCAUUACUGACCACAACUGGAAGGAGAUUCUCGAGGGCGAAUGGAUGGUGGAGUUUUAUGCCCCCUGGUGUCCUGCCUGUCAACAACUUCAGUCAGAGUGGAAUGAGUUUGCAGCGUGGAGUGAUGAUCUGGGUGUGAACGUUGCCAAAGUGGAUGUAACUGAGCAGCCAGGUCUGAGUGGUCGCUUCAUUAUUACAGCUCUUCCCACAAUAUACCAUUGUAAGGAUGGAGAAUUUAGAAAGUAUCAAGGGCCUAGAAUGAAGAAUGAUUUCAUUGACUUCAUAGAUGGAAAGAAGUGGGAAGCCAUAGAACCAAUGUACUCUUGGUUACAGCCUUCCUCCUUUUUGAUGAGUGGCAUGUCGGCACUAUUUCAGCUCUCCAUGUGGAUUCGUCACUGUCAUAAUUAUUUCACAGAAGAUAUUGGCAUACCUGUUUGGGGAUCAUAUACCAUUUUUGCUUUGGUGACUCUGUUUUCUGGCCUUGUGCUUGGAUUGAUUCUGGUCUUUGUGGCAGACUGUGUAUUACCAUCCCGGAAAUAUAGACAUCAACCUCAUAGUUCUCAAAGAACCAAGCCAAAGGAUGGACAGUUCCAGGAUGAAGAUGAGGAAGAUCUGUGUUCUGAAGCAAAGAAGGGCAGUUGUAAAAGAAUUGAGACAGCUAUGGUGAAAGGAGAUGGGGAUCAUUUACAGGAUACUGUGAGAAAACGUACAUUGGAAUACAGUAGCAGAACUGAUGAUUCCUGAUUCUGGGGCAAAUUGAAGUAAAAGGUUUCUUGUUCCUGCUCAUCCUGUCUUUGCCUGCAUCAAAAUUUUGAUCUCGCGAACUUGCUUAAGCAUAGCAUGUUUGGGUGUCAUUUCAACCAAAGCGUCUGUUUACAAGGAUUUAAGCAUCUAAAAGUAAUAACAAAACUAGCUGAUCUAAUCACGAUAAACAAGAGAUUCUGCAGAUUCUGGAAAUUUUGAGCAACACACAGAAUGCUGGAGGAACUCGGCAAGUCAGGCAACACCUAUGGUGGGGAAUAAACAGUUGACGUUUUGGGCCAAGACCUUCACCAGUCCUGUUGAUUAGUGUUACCUCGACUGUAUUCUGAGUCAGUUCUGAUUAAUAGUCACAAGUUGGGAGACGGAAGCUUAUGUACUAAAUACUUUAUUGAGAGUGUAGCAGGAGAACUGCUUUAAACCAUUGUGUCAUUUAAUCAGAAGGAAAUGAAUGUUUGAAGACCAAAUGCUUCAGGUGCUAAUGCUUCAUGUUAAAAAAAGUACCUCAACUACAUCUAGCUUCUCAUUUGGCUAUUUAUUAGUUUUAAAACUGUUGCAAUUUUUGGCUGAUGUGCAUUUUCCCUUAAUGGUGAGGAUUUAUUUUGUAAUGAGGGAAAUGAAUUUAUAAUGUUCAUUUGUGUAUAAAAAUGUUUUCAAUGUUAACAUUAUUCUUGAAAUAUCUGAAUUUGCUUUCAAGUGUUAUAUUUGAAUUGGGUUUUGUGAGGCAUUCAACGGUACCAUUAAAAACUUGGCAUGUUGGUGUGAGUUAUUACUUUGUAGACCAGGUUUUUGAUGCAUAAAAAACACUCCCAGUUGUUUGAACUAUGCAUAUUUGCAUGAAUGUGUGUAAUUUCGCACUGACAUUAUAUGGUUGUAUAUUGCCUUAUCCAUUUACAUUUAACUGCCAAAAAUAGGUACAAGACUUUUUUUUGGAUAUGUUGGAAUAACAGAUUCUAAUGUCUAUUAAGUUUGAAAAUUAUCCAGACUUACUGGGCUUCAAGUGAACUGCUGUUUUAAAAAGGGAAUUUGAAGUAAAAAUCUGUAAAUAGUUUCAGUUCCUUCCUGUAAAAUUGUACAUUUUCUUUUGAAGAUGCUUAACAGUAAAGAUAAUGUUAGAUUGACUUUUACCAACUGUAUUAUGCUGAGAUAAGCUGUUCUUUUUGUCAAUAAUUUAUAUAAAGCCACUUUCAAUAAUUUGCUUUGUUCUGCUUAUUUCAAAUCUUCGGGGAAAAAUAUAAACAUUAAAUUGAUCUUGUAUUUAAUUGAUGUGGGCAAGUUAUAGUACGUCUUUGGCCUGGAUAAUCUAUGGGCACAAAAUUUGUAAUCCAAUUUAAAUGAUAAGCUAUGAUGUACUUAAGACCUUUUGAUGAGGUAUAAAUAUGAUGGAGCCAUGCAGUUAUGGAGUUCAGAGAUGCUCUUUAUUUUGUCUAGCAAGCAGCAUUCCUUUUUAAAGAAAGAUGCAAAAUGCAUUAUCAGAGGAUCAGGACAUUUUCAAAAUCUGAUUACAUAUAUGGUAGACUAAGAAUAAACUAAGUACCUGAAUUGCAUUUAGCUUAUUGGAUGCUUAUUAGUUUUCAAAAUGUUGCAAUUUUUGAUGGAUGGUACUGACAAUUGACCUGCUUACCCAACACAACAUGUCAGUGAGUUGGUGAUUCAAAGUGCUGAUAUUGCAUGAGCUACUGCAAUAGCUGCCAUAUUGAACUCUGCAGCCUUUUUUUUAUUCCAAUAACAUGAGGUAAUUAAUGAAAGUAACAAUUUACAUAAUUUUACUAUGGGAAAUGAGUUCUACCUUUAGAAUGGAUUCAAUAUUUAAUUUGGAGACGGGACGGGAUGCUGGAAUCUGUAGUAACAAACUCAGUGGGUUGCACAUUAUCCUGUGGGAGUAAAGGAAUUGUUAAUGUCUGGUCACAACCUUGCAUCAGGUCUUUGCUCCAACAGAUGCUGCUUGACCUGCUGAGCUCUUCCAGUGGCUUGUGUGUUGCUCAGUAUUUAACUUCCUGAGUUGUGUCUGUGAAUGCUUUUUUACUGCAAACUAGUGAGUGUUCAUCGAGAGGGACUAAUGCAUUCAGUGUAGAACUUUAGUCAGAAUUGGAAGACAGUACAGCUAGGCAGUUACUUGAAAUGGAGGACAGAACAUUAGACAAAUGAACAAUGUCUACAUUGGUCGGGGCAUGAAGGGAUUUGGUGAGAAAGCAGGAAAUUGUGGCUGAGAGGAAAAUUGGAGCAGCGGUGAUGAGAUGGUGGAGCAGACUGGAAUGGCCUAAUUCUUCUCCCAUAUCUUAUGGUCUUGUUAUUUCAGAAUAGUAGUAGAAUGAAGGUGCUAAGUGGAAAAACAAGUUUUAAAUUGCUUGUGGGCUGUUAAACUGAGGCAACUGGAAGCAGAGUGAGACAAAGAUAUUUUACAUGUACAUGAAAACCUAGAGGGGACUGGUUAAGAAUAAUGCAGAAAUAAACUGUCAGUGCAUUAUUCUGGGAGACUGAAAAAUAAUAAUGCCAACUGCAUAUCAAAUUGGAAUUUAAGGACUCUUCAAUAUUAAAGCUGGAGGUCUGCAAAAUCCCAAGUGGUCAGAUGGAAUGUUGUUUUUCUAGUUCUGGUGGGUCUUGAUUUCAACAUGCCGUAGACCGAAACGACACUUCAAACUGGAAUAAGCUUUUUUUUAUAUGCUUUAAUCGAAGUACUUGAAAAAGCAGCCAUUUAUGUUGUUUACUUUCCCAAACUUGCAGGACACAGGGCCAGAGCUCAGGUAGACCUUGGUCAGACCCCACUUGGAGUACUGUUCAGUUCUGGAUGUGGAUACUGUAGACAGUAUAUUUAAUAUAUCAAAUAUUGCUGUGAUGAUUAUACAUUCUAGUAUCAAUUGUUUGGCGACAAUGAAGUAUAAAGUGCAGAGGAUAUUUACAAGGAUGUUGCCUGGAUUGAAGGGUGUAUCUUAAUGAGAAUAGGUUGAGUGAACUUGGCCUUUUCUCCUUGGAGCGAACAGAGGAUGAGAGGGUAAUCUGAUAGAGGUGUAUAAGAUUAUAAGGGGCAUUGAUCAUGUGGAUACCCAGAGGCUUUUUCACAGGGCUGAAAUGGCUAACACGAGGGGCAUAGUUUUAAGAUGCUUGGAAAUAGGUACCGAGGGGAUGUCAGGGGUAAGUUUUCUUUUCCCACACAGAGGAGUGGUGCAUGGAAUGCACUGCCGGCGGUGGUGGUGGAAGCAGAAACAAUAAGGCCUUUUAAGAGCCUCUUAAGUAGGUACCCGGAGCUUAGAAAACUAGAGGGUUAUGUGCUAGGAAAUUCUAGGCAGUUUCUAGAGUAGGUUACAUGGUUGACACAACGCUGGGCCAAAGGACCUUUAAUGUACUGUAGAUUUCUAUGUUCUAUACGUGGUGCAGGUAAAUUGUCUCACUAAGUACUGAUCUUUUUUUUGCUAAAAAGUAAGUUUGCGCUUGUUCCAUUGUAUUAAUUUUUUUAAAAAACAAUAUGUGAGAGCAAUGUGCAGAUCUCUCUCUAGAUGGCACUGGAGUGUAGCAGUGAUAAACAUUCUUGAUGUAAAGUCAGUAAGAAUUUCUCAUUACAAAGAUAAGAAUUUGACACUCUAAAUAUUGUAUCUUCAGUUACGAAAUUGC